UAUUAUACUUUAUAUAUCGCACGUCCUCUGACAUAAUGGCAGAUAAAGCAUUAAAACUGUUAAUUUUAAUUUUAAUUUACGUGGUUUCAGAUACAAUAUCAAGCGACUAUGUGGGACCUGUGUUCACGACUGCUGAAUUGGAUAAGGAUACAUGUACUGUAAAAUUAAGUCAAGGUUCUUUUAAAACUGGUUUCCCAGGUAUGCGAGGAUCGCCAGGAGAGAAUGGUUUCCCAGGUAUGCCAGGAGAGAAAGGUUUCCCAGGUAUGCCAGGAGAGAAAGGUUUCCCAGGUAUGGCAGGAGAGAAAGGAAAUAAAGGUGUAAGAGGAUUACCUGGACCACCAGGAUCUUCUGGCGAGCAAGGUAUCUUUGGAUUGCCUGGAAUUAUGGGACCUAUUGGACUUCCAGGCGCACCAGGAGUCUGCAUAAAACGUUGCUCCAAUGACGAUAAUUUAGAAGAUGAGAAACCUGAAGGAAGGAGAAAUACUGUAUUGCCAGGUCUUUGCAAAGCUUAUAAAAGUGUCGGUGAAGGCAGAAUUUUGACGGUGAUGCCUUUGGAUCCCUUUAAAAUUAUCUGCAAGAAAGAUCAUCAUACUUGUCUAAUAUUGAAUAAAAUAGAGGACUUAAAAGCACCAUCGCGUGAUCUGAAUUAUAUAGAUUAUACAGAGAAUAAACAACCAUUUUGGUUGAGCGAAUAUCAUGAAAUAUAUCAGUAUUAUAAUAUAACAUUACAACAAUUGGCAUGGCUUAAUAGUCAGUCGUCGUAUGUGUAUCAAAAGAUAAGAUACCAUUGUAAAAAUUCGCCGGUAUUGCCACGUGAUGCACCGGAUGAUGCAUUGGCUUUAUUAACUUGGAAUGAUAAAUUAAUCGGGCCCUCAGCUACAGUAAAUUCGCCUUCCCAUUACAUUAUAGUACAUGAUGGCUGUUCGGAAUCUGUUGACUCUACGAAGUGGGGAUACACUGACAUAAGUAUAGUUGAUACUGUUAAUCGUUUGCCCAUAACGGAUUUUCUUAUCAAGCACGUAGGAUAUGGGGAGCGAAGUAUGGCCAUAGAGAUGACAGAAUUAUGCUUCAUAUAAUAUUCUUGGUAUUGUAGUACCUGUUCAUCAAUAUUACAUUUUGUAUAAAUUUAACAACUACCAACUUACUCAUUUCUUACUUUUAAGUAAAUAGCAAAAAAUUGUAUUCUUUUGGUAUUCAAUAUUGCAUUUCUUUUAUUGUAUUAUUGUCAGUUAUU